AUGAGUCGCAAUAUCUUAUCAUCAACAAAUCAACGUCAGUUAGAAUCAUUUCCUGAUGAAUUAUUUCUUGAAAUCUUUCAAUAUAUUGAUAUACUUACUCUUCGUUCAUUCAAAGGACUUAAUAAACGCAUUGAUUCGAUUAUAAAUACUGUUAAUAAUAUAAUUCUUGUGGUUGAAUUAACACAAAAUAGUACAAAUGAUUUUGCUUAUUUCUUUAAAUUUAAUCCAAAACAAAUAUUUCAUUUAAAACUCUGUUCUACUUUAUGGUCAUCAUUGAAUUUUAUGAUGUUUACUGAACUUCGUUCAUUAACAUUUGAUUGUGAUUAUUUAACAAAAGAUCAAAUAAAUCAAAUAAUUCAAUUGAAUUUACCUUAUUUAAAACGACUUUCAAUCUUCAAUAUGAAAUAUUUUCUUCAACAAGUAUUCUUUUAUAAAAUAAUUCGAGGUGAACAUUUUCCAUCAUUGAAAACUUGCCAUUUUGAUUUCAAUGAUAAUAGUGAAUUGAAAUUAAAUUCAUACAAAUUAUCAUCAAGAAAUAUAAUUCGUUCUCUUUCUAUUAAUAAAUGGAAUUGGUCAAAACUUGAUUUUCUUUUUCAACAAUUUCAAUAUUUAUUUCGUUUUGAAACAUAUCUAGAAGAUUCAUAUUCUUCAAUUGAUCUUAUUCAACCUUGUUUAACAUUAAAAUAUCUGAAAAUAACUUUUAAUACUUCUGUUAUUUCUUCUUUGGAACAAUUAUUAAAAUGGACUCCAAAUUUAAUUCGAUUACGUGUUCGUGGAAAUCUUGAGAAAAGUACUGUUAAUGUUUAUUUUAUAGAAAUGUCAAACUAUCUUCCUACUCUUGUACCUUAUCUUCAACAAUUUGAUUGUGAACUUUAUUGUUAUAUGAAUGAAAAUGAAUAUAAUAAUCCUUUAAUUAUACAAAAAUAUAGUCCUUUUUUCGAACGAGUUCGAUGUCUGUAUGGACAAGGUGGAAAUCGAUGUUUUACAACUGAUAUGGAAACUUAUUCAUAUGGAAAAUAA